AUGUCUAGGCAAAGGUUCCAGCUUCCUUUGAGUAAAGAGGAGGGGUUGUACUCUGAUCUGGAUCCAAGUUUUGAAUUCAAGCCCUAUAACGGUGAGAAUUCCUACAACAACACCAUCAGAUGGCUAUCAAGUAAAAUACACAAAUACAAGAAGCUGCUUAUACUACUAGUAUUCUUACUUUUAGUAUCUACUUUUACUUCGGCCCCUUUAGUUCCCCAUUUCCAUUCAAACAAGGAUCCGAGAGUCGUAAUCAUCUUGGCUGCUAAUGAAGGGGGUGGUGUCCAAAAAUGGAAAGGUCCUCAGGAAUGGUCAGUUGAAAGAAGUUCCAUCGCCAACAAAAAAAAAUAUGCUUCUAAACAUGGUUAUGGCCUAGCAAUUAAAGACCUGACCUUAAAAAGACGGUAUAGUCACGAGUGGAGAGAAGGUUGGCAAAAGGUAGAUAUUCUCAAACAAACCAUGAGACAGUACCCAAAUACGGAAUGGUUUUGGUGGUUGGAUUUACAUACUCUGAUAAUGGAUAUGGACGUUGAUUUAGAGGAAUAUUUGCUUAACUCUGUGGGAAGCAAAAGUUAUCGAACCGUCACAAGCUUCAACCCCAUUGGUAUCGAAAAUCAUGUUCCAUACACAGACACCAGUCAACCGGUUGAUUUGAUAGUUGCCCAAGAUUGUGGAGGUUUCAAUCUUGGAUCAUUUUUUGUUCGUCAAUCUGAGUGGACAGAGGCUUUACUGGAUGCUUGGUGGGACCCCGCUCUUUAUGAACAAAUGCAUAUGGCUUGGGAACACAAAGAGCAGGAUGCUCUAGAAACUCUUUAUGAUCAUCAAGGCUGGAUUCGGUCUAGAACAGGUUUUAUUCCCUUAAGAUCCAUCAAUGCUUUUCCACCAGGAGCUUGUUCAGACCAAGCAGACAAUCCAAAAUUUUUUUACUGUGAAAGCGACAGGGACUUUGUGGUGAAUAUGGCUGGCUGUGAGUAUGGAAGAGAUUGCUGGAACGAGAUGGAGUAUUACAAAAAGUUAGCCAAACGGCAUGAGGAGAGAUGGUGGAAGUUUUGGUAA